UCCUUUUCACCGAGCAUAUUUUUUGUCGUACUCCUGCCGCCAAUCAUCUUCAACAGCGGCUACCACUUGCGACGCGAUUUGUUCUUCCGGAACAUUGUACCCAUAUGUAUGUACGCUUGCAUAGGAACGGCUGUUUGUACGAUGGUGGUAGCUUCUAUCCUCUACGUCUGUGUUCCACUCUUUGGCUUUGGCUUUCGACCAACCUUUCUGGAACUGGCAGCCUUUGGUGCGCUCAUUAGCGCCACCGAUCCAGUGAGUACCUUGGCGGUGUUUCAGUCCAAAAAGGUGGACCCGCAUCUCUUCUAUCUCGUCUUUGGUGAAAGCGUCAUCAACGAUGCCGUCGGUCUCGUAUUGUUCGAAUGCUUGGCCCAUCUCAUCGAAAAGCAGCAAAACCAAUUGAACGUGGGACAAGAGUUCGCUCAGUUCCUUUACGACUUUAGCACGGGCUUCUUGGGGUCCUUGGUAUUGGGAACGCUAUUCGCCAUCACCUAUGCGCUCUUGAUGAAGCACGUCGAUAUGAGAAAGACACCCUUUUUGGAAUUGUGUGUUUACAUUACUAUGAUGUACUUUCCUUUUGUUGCGGCCGAAAUAUUGCGCCUCAGUGGUAUCGUUACGGUCUUGUUCACUGGGAUUGCAUCCAAGCGAUACGUCGAGCCCAAUGUUUGCGCCGAAACUGCCGUCAAUGCCGAUAUUGUUUUUCGACUGGUAGCCCAUUUGACCGAGACCAUCAUCUUUUUGGAUUUGGGGUUAUCGGUAUUUGGUUUGGUGGGCGACGGCGCCUUUCGCAUUGUCUUUAUUGCCUUUGCGCUUCUGGCCUGUUUAGUAGGUCGUGCAGUCAAUAUCUACCCCAUUACGUAUUUUCCAGGGGAAAGUAUGACGGAUGACUCGGUUAUCCCUUGGAAGACGGCACAUAUGUUGUGGUUUUCGGGAUUGCGGGGAGCCGUUUCCUAUGGACUGGCUCGCAUGUUUCCACAAACGGAGAAUCAGAGCAUUUUUAUCGCAACGACCAUGUUUAUUGUACUGACAACCACCUUUGUACUGGGUGGAGCUACCGAGUCGGCUCUUCAAUUUCUCAAU